AUGAGAUUUUGUGGUUUCUUUGUGUUCAUCGCCUGUUUGUUAGCAAAUCUAAUACAACUCAUCAAUUAUUUGACAAUUAGAUACGUUAGCAUUGAUUACUACCGCCGAAUCAAUGCGUGGCUUCAAUACUUUGUAUACUCGCAAUUCAUAGCGAUAACUGAGUGGUGGUCAAAGAGCUCAGUGACCAUCUAUGCGGCGGAUGAGGCGACCGCACGUAUGUUUGGCAAAGAGCACGCGUUCAUUGUGGCCAACCAUCGGUACGAAGUGGACGCUGUGUUCAUGUGGUUAGUGUCCAACAAAUUCAACGUUUUGGGCGGAUGCAAGGCUUUCGGUAAGAAAGAUCUUCGGUAUACGCCAAUCAUCGGCUGGACCUUCUUCUUCGGCGAAUACAUAUUCCUGGAGAGGAAUUGGCAGAAAGACUCCAUGAAUAUCGGCUCCGGCAUCGAUCGCUUAAUGGCUCACAAACACCCCGUUAUUCUGAUGAUCGCCGCCGAAGGCACCAGAUUUACGGCACAGAAGUACGAGACGAGUAUGAAGUUUGCCGCCGAUCGACAGCUCGGUGUCCACUAUAAUCAUCAUUUGUUGCCACGAGUCAAGGACCCCGAGUGCGCUAUAUAUUGUUUUCAGAUGGCAUUUGAUGAGACCCGGGAGUCAAUCAAAGUGUCCACUUUAUUCAAAGGACAGCCAAUGCAUUGCUCGAUACAUCUGAAACGGGUUUCGUUGAGUACUGUUCCCACAGAUACUGACGAACAGAUCACUCAGUAUUUGUACGAUCUCUUCACCGAAAAGGAUCAAUUAAUGGACUACUAUUAUAAAAACAAGUCAUUCCCAGGCAUUAAAAUACCAACAAAAAGAACAUUUACCGGAAUAUAUUUGACCAUAAAUUCUGCCCGAAUAUCAAAGGGUUCCACUUAUGGCACUAUUAAUGGUAAGGAAUCACACAAUGUAUUAACGACUGGAAAGUCAAGUAAAAGAGAUAACAAUUUCAAUGCAAGUCCUAAAGAAGAUUAAGAAAAAUUGUGCCAAAUUUAUCAUG